UCUACGCACAUUGACAUUUCCGCUUCGGCACUUUUCAACAACUAAACACUGUCUGAACAAGUAUCGUGGCGUUUGUGACCGGCGAAUACAGAUUUAUCUCUAGGUUUUGUAGUGUUGCCACAGUUGACGCGAGUACUGUCAUCCAGCGAGAUGCAAGGCUUAAGAAACCUCUUCCGGCGUGCCUGGUCCUCUCCUGAAAGGCUUGAUGACAAAACUGUGGUCAUCACUGGUGCCAACACUGGCAUUGGAAAAGAAGCAGCCAUCGACCUGGCAAAGAGAGGGGCUAAGGUGAUCAUAGCAUGCCGGGACAUGGAGAAAGCACAGGCCGCUGUGACAGAAAUCAUUGAAAGAUCAGGCAGCAACAGUGUGGUUUGCAUGAAACUUGACUUGUCAGACACAAAGUCCAUAAGAGAAUUUGCUGAAGCCAUCAACAAAGAUGAGCCAAAACUCAACAUCCUCAUCAACAACGCUGGUGUCAUGGUUUGCCCUUAUGGGAAGACAGCAGAUGGGUUUGAGAUGCAGAUUGGUGUCAAUCACAUUGGUCACUUCCUACUGACACAUUUAUUGAUUGACCUGAUUAAAAGGUCGGCACCAGCCAGGAUCGUCAAUGUGUCCUCCAUGGCUCACUCCUGGGGCUCCAUCAAUUUGGAAGACAUCAACAGUGAGAAGAGCUAUGACAAGAGCAAAGCCUACGCUCAGAGCAAACUAGCCAACGUCCUCUUCACGCGCUCACUGGCUAAACGACUCGAAGGCACAGGUGUGACGGCGUACUCUCUCCAUCCUGGAGUUGUUCAGACUGAUUUAUGGCGCCACCUGAGCGGUCCUCAGCAGUUCGUCAUGAAGAUGGUGAGUCCGUUCACCAAAAACUCCGUCCAGGGAGCUCAGACAACAAUUUACUGCGCUGUGGAGCCAUCGCUGGAGAAAGAGAGCGGCGGAUACUACAGUGACUGUGCUCCUGCUAACUGCUCUGCAGCCGGCAAAGACGACGUGCUGGCGCAGAAACUGUGGGAGCUGAGCUGCCAAAUGCUCUCCAUCACAUGGGAAUGAGGCAGCCCGGACUUCAAAAUAAAAUCUCUCCAGUCAAUUGUCUCUGUCUGAUCUCACUAACACCACCUGCCUGGAAAUAGAAUGAAUAUGGGUAAUUGUCUUAAUAUGGAUAAUCUCAAAGUUAUAUGUUCAUAGCCUUAAGUUUAUUAUCUAAAUGUCCAGAAUUUUCUAAAACAUGUACUGUUCAUUGUGAUAACAGCAUUGUGAUUAUUUGAAUACAGAUUAUUUGAAUAUUUAACAAAAAUGAAAAACUAGAAGAGUAA